UCCAACCAACCAAAAAUGGCGGUUCUCUUUGUAGCAAACGCUUCCCACUACAGUACCACGAACAACGAAUCCUUUCCAUUCCAGAACUCUCUCUUCCAUAUCGGCAUCUCAGUCCCUUGCACUCGUUUCCUUCUUCAUCGCCGUCGUUAUUCCCAAAACUGCAUUUUCCACUCGCCGUUUAGUCUCCGACGUCGUUUAGCUCCGCCAUUUCCUUCGCGUCCAGUCCUCGGCCUCGGCCUCUGCUUCGCCGCCAAGCCCGGCCAUCCUCCGCCGCCUCCGCAAUCCGACCCGCCUCCUGAGCCGCCGCGGCUCACAGGUCCUGCAGCAUCUUUUUCUAAAUUUCAGGAUAGAAUACAGAUAUUCUUUGCUGUCCUCUUCUGGAUGGCUUUGUUCUUCUGGACUUCUGCAUGGGAUGAGAGGAAUAGACCAAACAAAGGUUCCCGAUUUAGAAGAUAGAGGUAGUAAAGAUGUAUUUAUUUGUAUAUAAUUGGUAGGACCAGAUAGAUAGUACUGGCGGAGGAAAGCAAUUAGUGUUGUAAGUGUAUUUUGGCUGAUCACAUUCUUAAAUAUUGUGUAAAAAGAAUAAUAAUUAAUACGAGGGAUGAAUGGUUAGUGCUCCAAUUUGCCCUAUUGUUUCGGGUUACUAAGAGAUCCUUUGAUUUUGUGCAAUUUGUUUUGGAUUUUGGUGCUACUA